GAUUGCACUGAUUCCAAUGUACCGGCACCGUAGCUUCUGCCCAUCUCCUCAAAAGGAGCUCAAGAUCGCCCUACUUUUCAUAAUUUCUGUAUCGUUCUUCUUUGCUUCCUUUACGGCCUCUUUACGGCCCAUCCCUCAGGUUCUCAAUGGCGGCGAGUCAGCUCCUCACCUCCGCCCUCCUGGCCCUCUGCCUCGUAUCCGCCGCUGUUGCUACCCGUGACAUCAUCACCGAUGCAGUCGACUCACAGGGCUCUCAAACGGUCCCUGUAGCUGUCUUCAACGAGGCAUUGCACUCGUUUGAGUUCUUCAAUGAGACUGUGGAGGCGCCCCGCAGGAAGGCUCUGGGCCUUGGUCAAAGCGCACGGGUCACGGUGACCUUCUACAACCAGCCCGGCAUGGAUUGCGAAACAGGCAAUGGGCAGUGCGGGUACGGCAAUGACGUCACCGGCGACGCCUACGGAAAUGGCGGUCCUUUCCUGGAGACAUCUCUCUACCCGUACCACGCUGCAUCCGGCAACUACGACUACCUCGGCGGCUGCGGAUCGUGCGGCGUCCUCAGCUACAACGGCAAGUCACGUGGCUUCGUUAUCACUGACAUCACCGAUGACGACUCCCAGCAGGGCAGGGAUCACCACAUCGACCUGUGCCUUGGGUCCUUCAACUACUUCACUAACGGCGCUGCGGGAAACGGUGGUCACGGGGGUAUCUUCUCGGGCACGUGGACCAGAGUGGACUGCUCGUGCAUGGGCGCACCCAACUACCCCGACAGUGCCAUCGUCGUCCGCACCCAAGUCUACAACCAGUGGGCGCAGGCUGUGGUCAUCUCUCGGCUUGGUGGUGUUGGGGAAAUCGCCAGUGUCAACUUCAGGACCCGCAACGGCGGCUUCACUCGCGGUGCCCGGGUGAACGGGUGGGGCACGUGGUGGAUGCCCACCGAGGGCCUGGCCGGAAAGGGCGGGGUGGACCUUCUCAUCACUCUGAAGGACGGCAACUCAAUGUCGACCACGGACUACCCCCUCGCGGACGCCAGUCAGUGGAGAACCGGCGCCAUCUACAACAUCUACAAAAAUGUCCCGGCUGCGUGCUAAGCGGGGGGCACAGGCGCGUUUUUGGCUCUUAACCAAGGAUAGUUCUGAGCUGGUUGUAGGUCGGUUCGAAAGUGGUUAUACGUCCAGAAACCAGACUUGGGCGGUAUCAUCAGCCUCGGAACAAGGUUAAAUCCGGGUUGAUUGUCCGAUAACCUAAGGGUCAAGUCCGGUCGCCUAAGCAAACCGACUGGUUUAGUGCCACGAUGUCUUGGGGGGGCCGGCCUCUGCAGUCGCGGGGGAAUCACCUUCAGCAUUUGUCUUUUACUAUCACGCGGAAGCUACGGAUUAUGUAGACUAGGUUUCCAGUCUGGUGUUGCGUACGUCGACCUGUGUCAUCCACGGUCUGACGAAUUACAAAGACUCGUAGCCAAAGCGCAGCGGCGGGUUUACUUGCGAAGCAGCUAGAAAA